AAUGAUUGAUUUUUUUUUGUUUAAAUGAAUGCACUUAGAACUGGGCUAAGAAGAGUUUUUCGGUUUCCCGGAAGAGCAUCUGCCUGUUUCUCUGACACAUUAUUAGACAUGAGUGGCAAGGACUCUUGGCGAGGUGAAGGCUACCAUAGCCAUGACAACAGUAGCCAUGGAUACAGGGAGGAGGGCUCUUGGCGAGGAAGAAGAGGUGGCAGAGGUGGAGGAUAUAGAGGCCGUGGCAACAGAAACUAUAGUUCUGGAGGCUAUGGCAAUAGAAACAAAAAGUAUUAUAAGACAGAAGAUGGAGCCAUCUCUGGGAACAGGGAGGAUGCACAGCAUGGUCACCAUGACAACAGAGGUGGUUCUGAAUACUCGGGGAGAGGAGGAGGGAGGAGAGGAAGGGGAGGACCCCCAGCUGGACUUAGAGGCAGAGAAAUAGGAAUGUGGUUUGCCCAGAGGAGUAAAGCCAAAGCAAAAAACAGUAGGCAAGAAGUACAUCUAGAUGAGGGUCGUGAACGCCACAUCACAAACCUUCUCCACAGAAUACAGUCAAGAGACAAUAUACCCCCACAGCCAUCACGGUCCUACAGAGAUCCCACUGACAUUACUCGGGAAGCUGACCAGAUAGAGGAUCCCAUAGGUGGCGCCACUAGCAGAGACUACUUUGAUGAUCCAGACGCUGAGGAUAUUCAGAUGAAAGAUCUAGAGUCCACUUCUUGGCAUACAGACAUGACUGAGGAAGCAUCAAAUCUGUAUGGGUUGGACCAAGCUAGCUCGUCUCGCCCUGCUUCUGCUUCUGCCCCUGGUCCCAGUUCAGCUACCAGCACUGAACCCGGGGAUGAUGAUGCUGAUGAUGAUGAAGUGACAAAUUUAACUGAAGUCUUUAAGCAUCAUGAGGAAACAAAUGAAUUUGUUCUGGAAUACUUGCAGCAUAAGAAGAGGGGGGAUAUAUUUAGCGGUUCUGUUCAUGGAGCCCUUGCAUAUGAGAGGAAUGCAGCCAUGGAUUCUCAGUACAGAAAUGAACUGGCAAAGAAAGAACAAAGCACCAGAUAUAUUGAAAUGCAGAAGUUUCGGUCCCAGCUGCCAAGCUAUGGGAUGAGGAAGGAAAUAGUGGAUGUCAUAGAAAAAAACCAAGUUGUAGUAAUCAGUGGAGAGACAGGCUGUGGCAAAACAACUCAGGUGUCCCAGUUUCUCCUUGACCACUAUAUAGAAAACAACAAGGGGUCUCUCUGCAGGGUGGUGUGUACCCAGCCAAGGAGAAUAAGUGCCAUAUCAGUUGCGGAGCGUGUCGCCCAGGAGAGGGAUGAUCCGUGUGGCUCUCAAAGUGUGGGUUACAGCAUACGACUGGAUUCGAAACUUCCUCGCCCUCAGGGUUCCAUAUUAUUCUGUACCACUGGUAUUUUACUAAAGUACCUGGAGAGUGAUCCAUAUAUGUCAAAGACCAGCCAUGUAAUUUUGGACGAGAUCCAUGAGAGAGACUUGAUGUCAGAUUUCUUAAUGAUUAUACUUAAAGAUCUCAUUAAGAGAAGGAAAGACCUCAAAGUAGUUUUAAUGAGUGCCACAUUGAAUGCUGAACAGUUUUCAGAGUAUUUUGGCGGAUGCCCUAUGAUUCACAUACCAGGAUUCACAUACCCAGUGGAAGAGGUUUAUCUGGAGGAUGUCAUUGAAACAUUAAGGUAUUCCCCACCCGAGAACACUUCUAACAAACCACAGAGGAGAAUCUAUGGGAGGAGGAAAAGAGAGAUGUUGGCACAGAAAGAAGAAGAAGAGUGGCUGCUUAAUGAAUGGAUUGCCUCCAUACGUCACAAGUAUUCCCCUGAUACUCUACAGACCCUGAGAACAAUGGACUAUGACAAGAUAGACGUUAUGUUGAUAGAGCAGUUGAUCAAGUAUAUCAUCAAGACUAGUGAUGAUGGUGCCAUACUGGUGUUUUUGCCAGGGUGGGAAGACAUCAAGAAACUCAAUGAAGUUCUCACUGCAAACUUUAUGUUUAAAACAGAUUCAUUCAGAAUUAUACCUCUCCACUCUAUGAUGCCUACAGUGAACCAGCGGCAGGUGUUUGAGCGCCCGCCCCCUGGUGUCAGAAAGAUCAUUAUCGCCACAAAUAUUGCUGAAACAAGCAUCACGAUAGAUGAUGUUGUUUUUGUGAUAGACGCUGGGAAAAUCAAGCUGAGUAACUUCGAUGCUCAAUCCAAUGUGGCAACUCUGUUACCAGAGUGGGUCAGCAAGGCUAAUGCGAGACAGCGAAGGGGGCGAGCUGGCAGGGUUCAGCCAGGCAAGUGUUUUCACUUGUUUACAACUUACCAAGAAAGGCAACUCAAAGACUAUCAACUCCCUGAGAUGUUGAGAACUAGACUGGAAGAGUUGUGCUUACAAAUUAAGCUGUUAAAACUGGGUAAAAUAGAGCCCUUUGUGAGCAAAGCCAUGCAGACUCCGUCCAUGGAGGCCCUCAACAAGGCAGUUAUAAACCUCACUGACAUGAAUGCCCUGGACCACAACGAGGAUCUGACCCCCCUGGGGUUUCAUCUUGCCAAACUCCCCGUGGACCCCCAUAUUGGAAAGAUGAUCCUGUUUGGAGCCAUGUUCUGCUGUCUGGAUCCUAUCCUGACUGUGGCAGCCAGUCUCAGCUUUAAGGAUCCAUUUGUAGUCCCAUUGGGCAAAGAACAGCAAGCAGACGCCAAAAAGCGUGAGCUAUCCCAGGGUUCUCAGAGUGACCACCUGAUGCUGGUUUAUGCUUUUCGUAACUGGGAGCGCAUGUUAGACAGAGGAGGCACGAGCAGCGCACAGAAGUAUUGUUGGGAUAAUUUCAUGUCUCCCUCAACACUUAGGAUGAUUCAGUCUAUGAAAGGACAGUUUGCUCAGCUUCUCUAUGAUGUGAAGUUUGUUGGAUCUGCCGACCCCAAACAACCCGCUGCCAAUUUAAAUUCUUAUAAUACCAAUUUGCUGAAAGCUGUGAUAUGUGCAGGUCUCUAUCCAAAUGUCGGCAGAGUCAAGCAGUUGAAAAUGGGUCCAAAGGUGAACACAAAGACAGAGAGAUGCAGUAUUCACCCAAAGUCUGUAAAUUGCAAAGAGAGACAGUGCCAGUCACAGUGGAUGGUGUAUCAUCUGAAGAUGAGGUCCACAAAUGUUUUUCUCUAUGACAGCACAGUGGUAUCUCCAUACCCAUUGCUUUUCUUUGGAGGGGACAUUGGCGUCAAAAAGGAUGAAGAUAUGGACUGUGUGACUGUAGAUGAUUGGAUCAUUUUUAAAUCUUCGGCCAAAACAGCAAAUCUAGUCAAGGAUCUUCGACGUGAACUCGACAAACUUUUGGAAGAGAAGAUCACAAGACCAGGCCUUACCCAAUGGGAUGGGAACACUAAAGAAGGGGCGAUAAUGCAAGCCAUCACCGAUCUAUUAACUAAAGAAUAGGGCAAGAUAACGCAGAAAAGUCCAUUAAUCAGUUGACUUUAACAAGCCUGCAAAUGUCUGAUCACCUUUCUGUUUGAAGGGAUGGAUAAACACACGUUCCUCUGCCACUUUUAUUUUUUUUUUCAUCAUUUUUUACCUUAGAAUUGUGAUUAUGCAUUGUGGUUAAACAUGUUUUGUCAUUUAAUGCAUAUAAACUAUUAGGUGAACUAAAAGCACUGAAGCAUAAGGAAAUAAAGUCUGAUGAAAUUGUAGUCUGAAUAAUUUUGCAUAUCAAUCUGAUAUAAAAUGUGUUUAACCAGGGAAUUAUAUCAUAGACUAUCGUGUGAAUCGUAUUUGAAGACAGAAGCAUCAGGUAUUAACAAAUUUAUUAACAAACUUGUGUCAUUUUAGCACCAUUUUACAUAUACAAUCUUAAUACAUUACUUUUUUCUAAAGGAUAUUUUUACAAAGCUGCCUUCUCCAUAUCCUCUAAAGUUACGUUAUAUGUUUUUAUAUUGCAACAUUGAUUCAUAUAUAAAUCAGCCUAUUGUUUAGAGUUCUAAAAUGGAAAAAUAAUGACGUUUUAUACCGCAUCCAUGUCAAAAUCGGAUCCAGGUAGACACAAAGUGGGUCGCGUGCCCCCCUCCCCUCCCCCUCAAAAAAAAAAAAAAAAAAAAAAAAAAAAAGAAGGAGCAUGGAAAUCGAAAUAUCGUAGUAGUCGGCCUCGAUUCUCUCGACAAAAAGUAUUUGACCUUAUGUCACAAACACCCCUCUCAUCAAAAUUCUGAACUCGUCUACUCAUGUACGUGGAAGAAAAGUUUAGUCUGCGUUCCGUGAAUAGUGAACGCGUUUAUGUCGUACAGGUCAAUAAAUUCCCGAAAUUCUGGACUUGAAAUAGGCAUAUAAUAAGUUUGACUUGAGCUAAAUAGGAUAUUCAAUCAACAGGUGAGUGUCCAUUUGAUAGCAUUGAUGCCCAUUUCCUCACUGGGAUGAAGAUGGGCAAUGGGUCACAUGAUUAUCCCCUAGUUCUGCAUCGCCGCGUUCGAGGGCCUAAGUGAUCU